AUGGGGGCCCGAGCCCGUCCCGGGUUCGCGUUCGGGCGAGACGCGCGCGCUGGCGGUUUCGGGUCGGGCGCAGGGCGACGGGGUCGCCGGUCCCCCAGUCGGGGGGGGGGCCAAUCGGGUGGGCGGUCCCCCGGCGGGGGGCGGGCGGUCGCGGCUCGCGAGUCGCUCGAGGGCGGUGCCGGGAUGCGGGGGGGGGGGGGGGGAAACACCAAGCGAGGGGGAAGGGGGGCCCGGUCCGGGAACAGGGCUCGCCGGAGAGGUGGCGCAUCUCAUACUAUCAUAGAACGAGCUCCUGUACACAAGAGACCUUUAACUGCUUCGUCGCUGAUCCCUCUUUCGCGCCUCACCCCACUCCCGGCCGCUCCCGCCCAACAUCUAUCUGACUCCACAAGAUUUGCCUUCCCCUCUCUAGCAUUCGCACAGGCACCAUCACCAUACCCACUCUUCUGUACUCACUCUCCUUCGAAGUGCCGUCGGGUUAACAACGUAACACCACCCGCCAAGCCAGUACAAUCGGCUCCGACGGUACCCACCUCUGCUCGAUCCCAGACGCGUCGCUCUGACCAACCUCUCCACGACCCCUCAGUGCCUCUUCAUAUCUCACCUUUCCAUCCCGUGCGAUUCUUCACCUGGCGGCAAGUCCUUCUUCCGGCUCUCGCAAAUACAGAUCCUAACAGGAGUACUCCAAAUCGAGCCUCCGCCAAGCUCGCUAGUCUUCAUCCAUUCCGGGAGUCCCCCUACGUCGGUAUUACCUCUACCCCUCACCUUUCUGAGGUCUAA